AUGAGGCCCGAGCUGCUGUGGACUCGCCAGCCAAUGACACAAGUUUUUGCGUUUGUACAGCAAAUAGGACAAGUUAACUGCUCUGUGAUUGGCUACUUGUUGGUACCCUGUUGCUAGCCCGUCAAUCAAACAAUUAGCGGGAACGCUCGUUAUUUGUGAUUUCUCCUCAAAGCCAUGGCCUGUGUACAACAAGUGAGAACUUCGCAGGAUACUCAGCUCUUGCCUAAUCAGGUUCUCUCGGAGCAGCAGUCCCUGGUCGUUAUAAAGAAGCUUCUGGCCAUUGCAGUGUCUGGCAUCACAUAUCUACGGGGCCUUUUCCCGGAAAAAGCCUACGGGAGCAAAUAUGUUGAAGAUCAGAAAGUGAUGAUCCUUAGAGAGGAGCGCAGCUGUCCUGGUGCCAGUCAGAUUGUUCAGUGGAUGCAGGGCUGCUUUGAGGCCAUCCAGAAGAAAUAUCUCCGGACAGUCAUUAUGUCUAUCUACACUGACCCAGAGAACCCCCAGAAAGUGACAGAGUUUUACCAGUUUAGGAUCCAGUACACUGCCAAAGGAGCGCAGAUGGAUUUAGAAAGCAGCAACAGCAGCAAGGUGUCGACGAUGUCAUGCGGCAGCACUAAGAAGGCCAGCAUCCUGCUGGUGAGGAAGCUCUACACGCUGAUGCAGAACCUUGGUCCUCUGCCAGACAACGUCUACCUCAACAUGAAACUGGCCUACUAUGACGAUGCUACCCCUCGGGACUACCAGCCGCCGUUCUUCAAGGAGGCUGACGGUGACACCAUUGAGUUUGAGAGGGAGCCAAUCAAACUGACCAUGGGCGAGGUGGCCACCCCUUUCCACACUUUGAAGAUGGACAUGGCUACAGAAAGACAGAGGCUGGAGCAGGUGGAGGAGAGUGUUGUUUUGACGGAGAAGUGGAUUCUGAAGAUGGAGGAGGAGGGCGUCCUUUCACAGAGCCAUGUGAUUGAAGAUGUGGAGAGGCCUGACAGUGAGAACACACACUUGGAUAACACUGAAAUCCUAAAGAGCCGUCAUGAGAAUAUUGAGAGUCGUGAGGAAGUUACAGAGAUGGACACUCUGGUGAAGAAGACCUCUGACAUGGAUGUGGGCCUGAAGAGGACCAGGAGUGGACGGAUCAUCAAGUCCACUGUGGAGUCAAACCUGAUGGUGAACAACAAGCCAACAGCCAUGAAGGAGAAAAUGGUUUCUCAAUUUGCCAUCCCCAACAGUCAGGAAACCCCAUCCACCUCCGCGCCUGUGAAGAAACGCAAAUUCAGCGAGCCCAAAGAACGCUAUUGACCUCACACCUCACUGCUAACACAGCAGCACUGCCGUGUUGAUCUACAUCGGUAUUUUUUAAAGUUCAGUUCUGAUUACAUGUAGUUGUUAUGUUGUUAUGUAGUUGUGUGUGUGUGUGUGUGUUUUUAAAGGAAAUUCCACCUCUUUUUGAAAACAUUUUAGCAUCACUGUGAGGUCCUGACGUAACAAUCAGUGUCCAGUUUAUUUGAAUGAAAUACAGAUCUAAAAUGUUGAAUGUUGUUCAUACAAUUUAAUGUAAUUCAUCUAUGAUGUUGGAAUUCUAGUUUACAAAACAGUGUUUAUUUUGCCAUUUAAUGGUUGGGUUUGUUUUUCUACCAUUCUGUUACUUGUGCACAAAGCAGGACUGCAAACUUGAAUAAAAAUACAAAAAUGC